AUAUUGGCGAAGGAAAAAAAUCCGUCGAUAUCUCUCUCUCAAAAGACGAUUUUGGCAGUGCUCUCUCUCUGGGCGUUCCUUCUUGGGGUGGAAUUUAUUCUGCGUUACGUGGGGGUUCAAUGGCGAUCCUUGACGCGGUGGACACCUUGGACGCGACGUCGUCCAGGGCCGACAACCGACAAGGCAACCGCGCCACUCUUCGCCGCAGGCAAGGCGGGCGGGCUGAUGACCCUACAUUGAACUCCGCCUCCAACUCGCCGGAGCCGGAGGGCGCCGCCAAUAAGGCGGGGAGAAAUCAGGACGACGAAAAUUCGAUUGGGAGCCUCUCCGGGGGAGUUUCGGAAUCGGUGAGUGGAGACCGGGGGGCGGAAUCCGCCGGCGAAGGGUGGGGUGGCGGCAACGAGGCGGAGGAGAAAGUUAAGGAGAAAGCCGAUGACGGUGACGACAAAGGAACGAAUGUUUCCGCCGUCCAAUUCGACUACCGACCGUCGGCGCCCGCCCACCGCAGAAUCAAGGAGAGUCCGCUCAGUUCCACCGCUAUAUUUAAACAGAGCCAUGCAGGUCUGUUCAAUCUGUGCAUCGUGGUGCUUGUUGCCGUAAAUAGCAGGCUUAUCAUUGAGAAUUUAAUGAAGUACGGCUUGCUGAUCAAAUAUGGGUUUUGGUUUAGUUCAAAGUCGCUUAGGGAUUGGCCUCUUUUGAUGUGUUGUCUAAGUCUCCCAAUUUUCCCAUUUGCCGCAUUUCUUGUUGAGAAGUCGGUGCAACAGAAGUACAUAUCUGAAUGGGUUUCAAUAUUCCUUCAUAUUCUAGUGACAACUGCCGAAAUCCUGUAUCCAGUUCUUGUCAUUCUUAGGUGUGAUUCAGCUGUUCCAUCAGGUGUCACUCUGAUGCUCUUUGCCUGCAUUGUGUGGUUGAAGUUGGUUUCUUAUGCGCAUACAAACUAUGAUUUGCGUGUACUUUCAAAAUCACUUGACAAGUUUGAAGUAUUAUCCAGUUACUGGAACAUGGACUACCCCUAUGAAGCGAGCCUUAAGAGUUUAGCAUACUUUAUGGUUGCUCCUACGCUCUGUUAUCAGCCAAGCUACCCUCGUACGUCAUGCAUUCGGAAGGGUUGGGUGGCACGUCAACUCAUUAAGCUGGUGAUAUUUACGGGAUUAAUGGGCUUUAUAAUAGAGCAGUAUAUAAAUCCAAUUGUGAAGAAUUCUCAACAUCCUUUGAAAGGAAACCUGUUAUAUGCUAUUGAGAGGGUUCUGAAGCUUUCGGUUCCAAAUCUAUAUGUGUGGCUAUGCAUGUUCUAUAGUUUCUUCCAUCUUUGGCUAAAUAUACUUGCUGAGAUUCUGCGCUUUGGCGAUCGUGAAUUCUAUAAGGAUUGGUGGAAUGCGAGGACAGUUGAGGAGUAUUGGAGAAUGUGGAACAUGCCUGUCCACAAAUGGAUGGUUCGACAUAUAUACAUUCCAUGCUUACGGAAUGGGAUUCCAAAGGGAGUUGCACUUGUGAUCGCCUUCUUUGUGUCAGCCAUUUUUCAUGAGCUUUGCAUUGCUGUCCCUUGCCAUUUAUUCACGUUUUGGGCUUGCUUCGGCAUUAUGUUUCAGGUCCCUCUAGUAAUAGUGACGAAUUACUUACAAAACAAAUUCAAGAAUUCAACGGUGGGGAAUAUGAUGUUCUGGUGUUUCUUUUGUAUCGUCGGGCAACCAAUGUGUGUGCUGCUAUACUACCAUGACAUGAUGAAUCGGAAAGCAAGCGAAAGGUAACCGAUUGCUUGCCCGUGAAUAGGCGGAGGUCGACGUCGACGGUCCAAACCGAGUCUAUUUGUAUUUGUUGUAAUACCUUGAAAGUGAUGGACUCUCUUCUUUUUCUGCUGCUUCUGAAUACCCAAACUAUGCUUCAUCGUCC